CCGCGUCCGCCCCGCCCCUCGGCGUGCGUGUGCGCGCAGAGCGCAAGCGCGCGGCUCCCGGCUGCCCGCGAGAAGCCAGCUGCGGGUCGCCGCUGAUAUUUGACGUGCGGAGCUUGCGAAAGGAUGGAGCCGCCGAAGGUGGAAAAGUUCAGCACCACCGACAGGGGAAACGGGCUGCGCGCCUUGGCGCCGCUGCGCCCUGGAGAGCUGCUAUUCCGCUCCGAUCCCUUGGCGUACACGGUGUGCAAGGGGAGUCGUGGCGUCGUCUGCGACCGCUGCCUCCUCGGAAAGGAAAAGCUGAUGCGAUGCUCUCAGUGCCGAGUUGCCAAAUACUGCAGUGCUAAGUGCCAGAAAAAAGCUUGGCAGGACCACAAGCGGGAAUGCAAAUGCCUUAAAAGCUGCAAACCCAGGUAUCCUCCGGAUUCUGUCCGACUUCUUGGCAGAGUUGUUGUCAAACUCAUGGAAGAAACCCCCUCUGAAUCGGAGAAACUUUACUCAUUUUAUGAUCUGGAGUCAAAUAUUAACAAACUGACCGAAGAUAAGAAAGAGGGCCUCAGGCAACUUGCAAUGACAUUUCAACACUUCAUGAGAGAAGAAAUACAGGAUGCUUCACAGCUGCCACCUUCUUUUGACAUUUUUGAAGCCUUUGCAAAAGUGAUCUGCAAUUCUUUCACCAUCUGUAACGCAGAGAUGCAGGAAGUUGGUGUUGGCCUAUAUCCUAGUAUGUCUUUGCUCAAUCACAGCUGUGACCCCAACUGUUCGAUCGUGUUCAACGGGCCCCACCUCUUACUGCGAGCAGUCCGGGACAUCGAGGCGGGGGAGGAGCUCACCAUCUGCUACCUGGACAUGCUGAUGACCAGUGAGGAGCGCCGGAAGCAGCUGAGGGACCAGUACUGCUUUGAAUGUGACUGUUCCCGGUGCCAAACCCAGGAUAAGGAUGCUGAUAUGCUAACUGGUGACGAACAAGUAUGGAAGGAAGUUCAAGAAUCCUUGAAAAAAAUCGAAGAACUGAAGGCACAUUGGAAGUGGGAACAGGUUCUGGCCAUGUGCCAGGCCAUCAUAAGCAGCAACUCGGAACGGCUCCCCGACAUCAACAUCUACCAGCUGAAGGUGCUCGACUGUGCCAUGGACGCCUGCAUCAACCUCGGUCUGCUGGAGGAGGCUUUGUUCUAUGGCAUCCGGACCAUGGAGCCGUACAGGAUCUUUUUCCCAGGAAGCCACCCCGUCAGAGGUGUGCAGGUAAUGAAAGUUGGCAAGUUGCAGUUGCAUCAAGGCAUGUUUCCCCAAGCCAUGAAGAACCUGAGACUGGCUUUUGAUAUUAUGAGAGUGACACACGGCAGAGAGCACAGCCUGAUCGAAGAUCUGAUCCUACUCUUGGAAGAAUGCGACGCCAACAUAAGAGCAUCCUAAGUGAGCCAGACAGGCAGGAGGACGGCCUCUGCCUCGACUGAACGCCUUACCGAGAUCACACGCUCUGCGCUGCGUUUGCCGUGUGACCCGCCCCUGUCGGAAAUGCUGUUCUGUGUUUAUGUAGGUAAAUAAGGUGGACAUAUGGUUUGCAAACCACAAGACUCAUUAGUUGUAGAGAAGCACGAUUAUAAUAAAUAUUUAAAAAUUCGGUUGAAAAAUG